AUGGAUCCUAAUGCUUGGUGGGUUCUUCAUGGUGAAAGUGCACCCAUGCUUCAAAGCAUAGCCUUAAAGCUUCUUGCACAACCUUCUUAUUCAUCAUGUACCGAGAGGAAUUGGAGUACUUACUCCUUUGUGCACCCGGUGAGGAGAAAUAAAAUGACUCCAAAACGUGCAGAAGAUUUGGUUUUCAUUCAUAGUAACCUACGUCUUCUAUCAAGAAAAAGUCUACAAUAUGCAAAAGGAGAGACCAAGAUGUGGAAUAUUGGUGGAGAUGCAUUUGACACAUUUGAAGACGUUGGAGUGCUUGAAGUUACGAGUCUUUCACUUGCUGAGCUAGAGAUGGAGUCUGUUGUUUUUUCAGAAGAAGUGGAUAAUGUAGAUGAAUGACUUGUUAUAUUUAAUGGUGAAAUGUGGAUUGUUUUUUGUUUUUUGACUUA